UUGACUUGCCGCUUUUGAGGAUAGUUUUCCUUGAAGCUUAUAUACCAUAUGAUUCUGCCAUGCCUCCAAGAACCUUUGAUGAGAGGCUCAGGUACCAUGCUCAACGCUUUCGGGGAAAGCCAGCGCAACAUGUGUUGAACCGCUACGAGCAGUUCCUUCAUGAGGCGCUGAAUUCGGAUGAACUGCAGAAGAAUGCAUUUCAUGUUGCCGCGUGGGUUGCAGAGCUUCCAGCUGAGCAAAUGGCAGCGCAGUACGAUGGGUUGUCUGCAGUGUUUCUAUUGCAGCGCUACCUGUGGGCGUUAAAGGAUGUGAAGCCCAGUUGUGAUCACUUGGUGAAAGUGCUCACAAAGGUUUGGGAGCGCAUCGAAGCCAAUUCGGACCUUCAACUGCAAUGGUCAGGCCUUUUCACGGAGCUCGGGCAUUUUGUUCCAGAAGCCAAGGCUGCAAAAGCAGCCAAGCUGAUGAACAAAGCGAUACUUCUUUGGAGAAACACCACCUGUGAGACAAAGAAAGAAGAAUACGUUGCUUCUCUGGAGCAAUCACUUGGCGAAGCUGGACAUGAUGACCUUGGCCAGAUCCGCUCUAUAUUCCGGCGGGCAGUAGCUGCACUGUCGCCACCCCACUGUUCAAAUCAGUCUGGUGGAAGCGCAGCAGGUUCUUUGGCACAGCCACAAGGUUCAAAGCGAGAUUUCCAAAUUCGGCUCCGGAAAGUUGUUCUUAGAUGUUUGAACUAUUUGCAUUUAGAUGAUUCCAAGGUUCAGCCAGCUUUGCAAUUGCUCAAAUCGCUCAUUUGUCAACUCCAGGAACUUGACUCGGAUGGAAGCCACAAGAUCGGUUGCGAGAAGCAGUGGCGAUUGCUGUAGGAAAAGUGUGGAAUGUCCUCCAAUGCUGAUCUGGAAAUGGACAUUGCUCCUGCUAGAGAGAAGCGCGUUCUUUGUCCACACAGAAAGAGGCGAGACAUGUGCCGAAUUUGCCGUCCAUGCCCACAUGGCAAGUUGAAG